CAUGGCAAAUCAACCCUCCUCUUACCCAAUUCUCUGCGCCUCCUUCAAUCAGGACGCCAGGUAUGAUUAUCGUGAGGCACACGAAGAGGAGUGUUGGAAAUCAAGCAGUGUUUCUAUGUUGAUUGAACUAUAUACUUUUUUAUUUGCAAUAGGCACAAGAGAUGGUUUCCGAAUAUUUGAUUCCAAUAAUGGAAGGCUCUGCUAUGAACGAGCUCUUGGUGCUUUUAAUAUCGUUGAGAUGUUGUUCAGCUCUAAUCUUGUCGCCAUUGUUGGAGCAGGUGAACAGCCAUCUUUAUCCCCACGGCGCCUUUGCUUGUUUAAUACAAUGAGUGGAAAUGCUCUUAGAGAAUUGAAUUUUUUAACUUCAAUACUAGCUGUUCGCAUGAAUAGGAAAAGAUACAUCCUCAUUCAGAGAAGAGGAGCUCAUGAGUUCAUCGAGAACAUUGACAGACUGAACUUGACAAGCAAAUUAAAGCUUGGAAUAAUUGUACUUGUUGUACUACUUCAAGAUAAGACAUAUAUUUACGACAUCAAUAGUCUCACAAUCUUGGACACAAUUGAUACAGUACCAAAUUCAAAAGGAAUCUGUGCAUUCUCCCCCAGUUUGGAUGGUUGCUUCUUAGCUCUUCCGGCCAGCAUCACUAAGGGAUCUCUAUUGUUAUACAAUGUCAUGGAGCUUCAGUUACACUGUGAGAUAGAUGCUCAUAUUACACCGCUGGCCACCAUGGUCCUUUCUUCAAAUGGGAUGUACAUAGCAACAGCAUCAGAACAAGGAACUAUGAUUAGAGUGCAUUUGGUAUUGGAAGCAACUAAGUCAUAUAGUUUCCGCAGAGGAUCAUAUCCAUCAACUAUAUUUUCCUUGUCCUUUGGGCCAUGUUCUCAAGUACCGGAAAUUCUGGUGGCAACUAGUUCCUCUGGUUCUGUUCACGUUUUCCCUCUGGGAUUUGCUAUAAACCAAAGAAGCAGCAGAAGAUCAGGUGGCUUUCUUGGAUCAAUAAUGCCCGACUCCAUCAGCGAUGCACUGGAUCCAGCUAAUCAUCACAUAGUUCAUAAUGCUGUACCAGCAGGAAUCAAAAGCUAUGCAGUGAUACGUAAGGUCGGGAGAGUGGCCGAUGCUUCAAGUGAAACUGUAGCUUGCAGGAUCACACUAUCAAUCAUAACCUACUGUGGUUACUUCCAGGAGUAUAACUUGAGUCUCAAUAACCAGAACGAGUUCUCGAGAAGUUUGGAUCGCGAAUUUAAUCUGUUGACUGCGAUCUCCAAUAACGACAUUAUUUCAUGAGUUCGUUUCCUCGUUAACUUUCAAGAAGAUUGUUGUUUAAAACAGCGAGUGUCGCCAUUGACGAAGCUAAGGCUCCCUCGUGCACAAACUAAUCAGCCUGGGCAACUUCAGAAGAAAGUCUAAUACGGUUAGACUUUUAAAAAGAUUCCGUAAAUA